AUGGCUUGUAAAGCAAAGCUUAUGAUUCCUGAGGAUGAGAAGUACGAAGGAAAGCCAUUUGCCCUUUCACACGCAAGGACCGCCAUUACAACAAUAAAGGCGAAGUUCAAUACGCAGCAGUUACAGAGGUUCGAGGGGAGUUGUUUUGGUCAUCUAUUACUGAUAGAGGACCUGAAGUGGAAUUCACAAGUUGUCCACGGGCUGUUGAUGAGGAAGGCUGAUCCUAAGACAGUUACACAGGUGAACGGGAUAAAAUUCAUUGUGGGUAACAAGUUGACACAAUUCACAGCCCAACACUUUUGCCUCAUCACGGGCCUAAGGUUCGGAAAGCUCCCUUUCAUUCCGAAGGCGACAAAUGAAAACUGCUCCUUGAAGCGAAAAUACUUCAGUAGCAAUAAACCUCCCACCCUUUUGGACCUACACACUGCCUUCAUCGAGUGCACAGAUGAUGACGAUGCGUUAAAGCUUGGAAUGGUCUAUUUUGCCAUUUUUGUGCUAUUGGGUACUGAAAAGCAUGUGCUUUUUGACAUGCGCUAUUUGAAGUUGGCCGAAGACUUAGAAGAGUUGGACAAGUAUCCAUGGGGUGCCGUGUCAUAUGCGAUGACAAAUGCUUCACUUUUGAGGGCAGUUUCUCCUGAUUACCAACGAGUGAAGGUGCCCCAAAACAGAAAAAAGCCCAACAAACGUGGGAAGAAGAGAGCGCAGACAAGAAUGGAAUGCAGUAGAGCCAGAGAGUACAUCAUAAGGGGGUUUGGCUUCGCUCUUCAGAUUUGGGCUUUUGAAGUCUUCCCAGCAUUGGAAGCAUUGCAUUUCACGGUCCAUGAAGACAAUAGGCACAUCCCUCGAAUAUUACAUUGGAGGAGCAACACGGUGGCCCGUUUUCGGGAGGUUAUGAGUCAGGUUUAUGAAAACUUUGAGGUUGAUGUGCAACUUCUCCGGCCGACUGAUAUUGAGAAGCAACAACCUUACUGGAGUUGGGGCGAUGAUGAGAACAAUGAAGAAAUUGUUCAAUUGUUUGGGGAUGAGGGCGAAGACAAAACCAGCACUUCUAGUGAAGAAAAAGAGGCGGAUGUUGAGGAAACAACUACCCUUCCCUCCUCUUCUAAGGGCAAAGGGUCUUUUAAUGACUUUGGCAGGUUGAAGCAUCAAUUAGAAAGCACUAAGGAUGAGUUAGCAAAGCUACGUAGUUCAAAUCGGGGCCUUAGGAACAGAGUUCGUGACUUGGAAGCUAUUGUAGACAAGAACUGUUUGAAGCAUGAGAAGGAGUGUGACAGAAAUAAAAAGGCUAUUGGGGAUUUGACCCUAACAAUUGCUUCAGUGGAACAUUAUUUUAAAUUGGAGAUGGAGGAGUUAAAAAAAUUAUAUGGUGGACAAGGGCAUGAGGAAGUGUGGACUGCUCAGAUGAAUGAAGGAGGGCAGAAUGAAAUGUCACCCUUGAAUGAACUUACUACUCCGACUACAGCAGGGCCUAAAAUGGACGCACAAGUUGCAGGUGAUGGAGUGGAAGCCUUCCCAGGCAUGCAUACAGAACGGGCUGAAAUGGAAGCAACAGUCUAUGGUGGAGUGGAAGGGGCUGAAAGGGAAGCGGAAGUCCCUGCUGAUGGAGUGGAAGCUUUUCUAGCCAUGCAUAUACAAGGGGCUAAAAGGGAAGCCGAAGUCCCUGCUGAUAUUGUGGAAGGCUUCCCAGCCAUGGAAGUCGAAGCCGCUGAAAUUGACACUUCAGUUUGUAACAAACAAGUGCACCAACAACCUCACAAGGUUCCUACUUCGGAAGAUGUGAAGGUUCCUAGUCUUGAAGAUCCCCUCAUUCCUAGUCCGGAAGAUAGGGAAGGGUACAGAGUUAUUUGUAAAACAAUGUUAAAUUUGUUAGAGGAUUGGAAUAAGAAAGAAAUUCAGGGGGUGGGACGGAAGGCGAGGCCUCCCAUGGAAACUAGUAUAAAUCUGGUUGGUGAUGAAGGGGACAAGGAGGCUAAUGCCACGGUUCAGAAACCAGAUGCGGAAGGCAAAGGAUGCAGACUGAAGCGGCCCGCGAAAACAUUGUUGAGUCCAUUCACUGAUCCCUCCAGGAAAAAGAGGCCGACUACUGGUUUUCAUGCACAGACACCUGAGGCCCGUUUUGAUCCAACACAACCCGUGGCCAUGGACGAUGUGAAGGCUAUGAUACAAGUUUGCAAGGCUUGGAAAAGUGACAUCAGUGCGGAGCUGGAGCUCGAACCAUUUGUAGUUGGGGCAGAUUUUUUUUACAAACUUGUAGAUGAAACUGCAUGGAUGAGCUCGAGGCACCUUGACAUGGCCAUGUUUCUAAUACGCAAAAGACAACUCUCUCAUCCUCAAGUAUUUGGAACGGAGUGGACAACUGCCGAGUUUUGUCUGCAGCAAUUUUUACAGCCAUUUACACCGCCAAGUGCGAAACGAGUUACGAGGAAACAAAUUGCUUCAAUGACUGUUGACCCUCCCCCUAACUACCUCAGAAAUAUACACCACUUUGUCUGGGGUUCAUGGCAACAUGGUUAUGCACAAGCAUGGACGAAAGUCCGCAAGGUCUAUCUCCCGUAUAAUGUUCGACAGUCCCAUUGGGUGGCUGUAGAAAUUGACUUUGUCAGACAUACUGCCACUGUCUACGACUCGUAUACUGUUUUUACCUCCAACACAAUGCUUGUCCGACAGAUGGAGCCUAUUACCCAGACGCUUGCAAAGGUGUUGUAUGACAUGAGGUUUUAUGAGAAAUCAGAGGUUGAAGCGGUGAAGAAAAAGGGGAUUGACAUGCCAACGUUUAACCCAUUCACAAUUUGCAGAAUUUCCAAUGUUCCUCAGCAAAGUGAUGGUAUGUGCACUUCUAACUUCUGUACUUCUCGGGUGGACAGUACCUCAUGUGGCAUUAUGACCGUCAAAUUUAUUGAGUAUCUCAGUGCUGGCAUUCCUUUUAAUACCAUUGACCCAACCAAGUUUGGCUACUACCGAUUGAAGCUUGCAAUCGAGGCUCUCAGGGGAGAGGCCUAUGUAUGA